AUGGGCUCCUUCUCCAUCACCAUGAGCCUCCUCCUCUUCCUGGCCUUUCAGCUUCCAGACCAAACUGGAGCCAAUCCUGUGUCCAAUGCAGACCUGAUGGAUUUCAAGAAUUUGCUGGACCAUUUGGAGGAGAAGAUGCCUUUUGGAGACGAGGCUGUGGCCCCACAAGUCCUAAGCGAGCAGAAUGAUGAAGUGGGGGCAGCUCUCAGCUCCCUCCCUGAGAUGCCUCCCUGGACUGGGGAGGUCAGCCCAUCUCAGAGAGAUGGGGGUGCCCUUGGGAGGAGCCCCUGGGACUCCUCCGAUCGAUCUACCCUCCUAAAGAGCAAACUGAGGGCAUUGCUCACUGCCCCUCGGAGCCUGAGGAGGUCCAGCUGCUUUGGGGGCAGGAUUGACAGGAUCGGGGCCCAGAGUGGACUGGGCUGCAACAGCUUCCGGUACCGAAGAUAA